UUUAAAGGACCAGCAGAAUUUUGACAGGAUUUUAGUGAUUUUUGAUUAAAUGUUUAUAUAAACCAUGUAAGUUGUUUAUAUAAAUAAACUACACAAACACCCGUGUAAUUACUUGAUUUAGCGGGGAGUCGCAAAAUAUCGGGUGUAAUGUCAGGAGUAGAAUCAAAUAUCACGGUUAACUCGACGACAACGAUUUUUAGUUGGAAAUGGACGGGAAUUAAUCUUCUGCUGGUUUUAAUUUAUGGAUUUAUUACAGUAUUAUUGGUUGCAAUCUUCGCCAAACGAACAAUCCACCGAGUAAGUUUGAAGUUCUCACACCGGGUGGAGCCAGAGGGAGCUGGAGCUGAAAAGUCAUUAAAACAUGAGAUUCACAACCUAAUGGAAGUUGCCGUCAACUUUAGCUAUGAACCCACGCUAUUACAACCUGGUGAUGAAAGACUUCACGCUGAGUUUAAACAGAAAGUGAAAUAUUCUUACAUAACAAGGAUGAAGACGGUAGAUGGGUUUAGGAAUAUAGACCAGGUCCUUGGUGAUUUAAACGACGACCUUCGCCGACCGAAAGGUAAAAAUAUUCGACAACAUUUAUUCGACGCCAAGUCUCACAGUAGUGGGUGUCUGCGAUCAAUACGAACCAAUCAACUGCAAACUUUAGCAGAUUUCUAUGUUCAAGCGAGAUAUGGGGCCGAGUCUUAUCACCCUGAAGAUCACCAAAAGUUUCUUGACACAGAAGCUGAGAUAAUCGCUACAUUACGACAACGAACACAUCGUAAACGAACGAAGGAAAAAAGGCGAGACUUACAUCGACAAAACGCUUCUGUUAGUGACCCUUCGUCUAAUGAAGACAUAGAAAUAACAUUAAAACCUGAUGAAGAUGAAAUACUUCCACUAGAGGGCAACGAUGAUCAACCUUUGUUGGAGGAGGAAGCGUCAUCUGAGGUUGUGUGAUUUAUGUGGCAAGUUUAGGUUGUCACCGUUUGUGGCUUGUAUGGGUUGUCACAUUUAUGUGGCAAGUGUGGGUUGUCACAUUUAUGUGGCAAGUGUGGGUUGUCGUUUAAUUUGUAGAUUGUCACUACUAUAUGAUAUUUAUACACUGCUCACCGCCAAGCAAUACAUAUGAGUAUACAGUUUAAUGUUUAAGGUGUCCUUAAGUACUGAAACAACCUUUAAAACUAACAUGCGUAUAUAUACACUUCAGCAUUUUUAAAGGUGUUUUAAGGUAUGGUAAUGGAACAACCUCUUAUAAUUUGUAAUUAUAUAUAUAUAUAUACAUAGUUCAUUGUUUUAAAAGCUAACUAUCUUAAUAUAUAUCUGCAACCACAGCAGAAUUUGUACAAAGUUACCAAAAGUCAAAUCUACUCCAUUUCUGUCCCCACUUUACCCAACAGCACAUUACACCUCAUCAAACCAGCAUAACUGUAACUUCCACAAACUUUGGGGGAUUUAUUUCAAUUCUAAGUAUACCAUCAAUAGUUUAUAUAAUCAAACUGUAUCCAUGUAUAAGUCGUAUAAGUCGUAUGCCUAUCUAUGUAUGUGGUGUAUAUUGUAAUCAUCUUAUUCAUAUAUUUCACCAUAUAUUGCAUAUAAUUGUUUAUCAUCCCUUCCAUUGUUACUACAUAUCAUUAUCUAUGCAAUAAACAAACAUGUCCAC